UGGGCGACGAGAUCAACAAAGUUGUAUCGUUAAAGAGGCUACCACCUGCAAACUGAAUUUUCACUGUAUUUUAAGACAACUUUGUUACUAGCAGCUCGCACAAAUCAAUUUGAAUUCUCUGCCUUGGUUGCGUUUUGAUUAAAUAUACCUCAUCGCAGAGAUCUGGUGAUAAAAUGUUGCUAUUUGCAUUCGUAGUGGCAGCUGCAAUUUUUUCGACUUCAAAUGCACUGUACCCUUCUUCCUCAGAAGUCGUUGAACUUACGCCGUCAAAUUUUGACAAGUUAGUCGUUCAAAGCGAUGAUGUGUGGAUCGUAGAGUUCUUUGCCCCCUGGUGUGGCCACUGUCAGUCCCUUGUACCUGAAUAUUCCAAAGCUGCCAAAGCUCUAAAGGGAGUGGUGAAAGUGGGUGCAGUCGACGCUGAUGCGCACAAAUCUCUGGGCUCAAGAUUUGGUGUCUCUGGUUUUCCAACCUUAAAAGUAUUCGGCAGCAAUAAAAACAAGCCCGAAGAUUACCGCGGCGCCAGAACUGCGCAAGGCUUGGUCGACGCCGGCUUCAAAGCUCUGAGGGACGCCGUUGAUGACAGACUGGGCGGAAAACGAUCUGGAGGUGGUGGAAGCAGCGGUGGCUCAGGCAGUGAUAAAGACGUGAUCGAGCUGACCGACAGCAAUUUCGCCUCCAAAGUCCUGGAAUCUGAAGAUCUCUGGCUUGUUGAGUUUUUCGCUCCAUGGUGUGGCCACUGCAAGAACCUGGCCCCACACUGGGCUAAGGCUGCUACCGAGCUCAAGGGAAAAGUCAAGGUAGGUGCCCUGGAUGCCACGGCUCACACUUACAUGGCCAGCAAAUACGGCGUUCAAGGAUAUCCCACUAUCAAGAUUUUCAACGCAGGCAAGAAAGACAGCUCCUCAGUGGAAGAUUACAACGGUGGACGCACCGCCAGCGAUAUCGUCAACUUUGCCUUGGACAAGCUGGCUGAAAAUAUCCCUCCUCCUGAGGUUAAGGAGCUUUCUUCCAAUGAAGUGCUGAAGGAGGCUUGCGGAGAGCACCCGCUGUGUGUGGUUUCUGUUCUUCCACACAUCCUGGACUGCCAGUCGAAGUGCAGGAAUGAGUUUAUAGACAUGCUGAAAGACUUGGGUGAUAAAUACAAGAAGAAGAUGUGGGGAUGGGUUUGGACUGAAGCUGGAAAGCAGCCGGCGCUGGAAGAUGGUUUGGAGAUUGGUGGAUUCGGCUAUCCAGCCAUGGCAGUAGUCAACGCCAAAAAGAUGAAGUUCUCCAUUCUGCGUGGCUCCUUCAGUGCCGACGGCAUCAACGAGUUCCUCCGUGACCUUAGCUACGGCAGAGGGUCAACUGCUCCUCUGAGAGGUGCAGAGCUGCCCAAAAUUGAGGAAUCAGAGCCGUGGGAUGGAAAGGAUGGUGCUCUCCCUGUUGAGGAUGACAUUGACCUUUCUGACGUCAGCCUUGAUGACAAGGAUGAGCUCUAAUCACUAACUAAGACAUUAAAGACUGCCAAUAUGAGUGAAUUAUUAAUGGAUGUGUUGUGUGCGCGCGAAAAUCUCACGAGAAACAGGUUUCUGUUUGUAUUUUUCCAUUAUUUAAAAAUUACUCUAGUGAUUUACUAUUUUCUUUCUUGACUAAAGUGAAUUUUUCUGUCCAGGUCAUGGAAUAAAUGAUUUAAAACUAUAA